AUGUCGAAGAGACUGUUUUUCGAAGAACUUUACGACCCCCAGAGCAGAGGCCUUGUACCAAACCUCGAUCUCGUGCUUGUCCAUGGCAUCGACGGUGACCCGGCUCUAUGCUUCGCUGAAAAUGAACGAGCCAACGAGGACUACGACUACAUUGCCUCGGCAACUCAGUGUAUUGUGUUCUUCGGUACGCCUCAUUUCACCUCCAAAGAGGAACAGAUCACGGCACUAGCCAAAAGCUUCCUCCCUCUCGACAAAACAACGCGUGGCAAAAGAGGAAAAGUCUCGCCUCUUGUGAAUUCGCUUAUCGAGGGGGCAAGUGAUCUUGCGGAUAUCAGCGAAGACUUUGUCGAGGUUGUCGCUAAAAUCCCCAUGGUUGUAAGCUUUUACGAAAGCUUGACCUGGCCUGGGGAGAGAUUCUGCAUUGUGGACCGCUCAAGAGCAGCGAUGAUGAUUAAAAACGAAGUGAGAGAGCCCGUGGAUGCCAAUCACGUCGAGAUGUGUCAGUUCAAGGACUCCAAGGAUCCCACCUUCAAGAGCCUCUCAGCGCUAUUCAAGAAAUGGAAAGCGAUGGAAACCCCCUUCAUUUGA